GAGUACCACACCUCUUUGUUUCAUUUCACUGUAAUCUGAAGGAUUUCUCCAUAUUAUAAGGAUUUUUUGUCGGGAAUUUUGUGUUUCAAUGUUGACAACGCGGCAUUAAGAAAAUUGACCUACGUUUAGCGUUGGGGCUACGGAAGAGAGUUGGGUAUUGUAAUUUGUUUAAUUUUUGUUGAGAAACUGUGUUGAAGACAAUAUGGAUGAAGAAUACGACGCGAUAGUGCUCGGUACAGGUCUGAAGGAAUGCAUUCUCAGUGGUAUGCUCUCUGUUUCUGGUAAGAAAGUAUUGCAUAUUGACAGGAAUAAGUAUUACGGUGGCGAAUCAGCCUCCAUCACCCCCCUUGAAGAGUUAUUUGCACGUUUUGGUGCACCUUCUCCAGACGAAACGUAUGGCCGAGGAAGGGAUUGGAAUGUAGAUUUAAUUCCAAAAUUUCUUAUGGCAAAUGGAUUACUAGUAAAAUUGCUCAUUCAUACAGGAGUUACAAGAUACCUUGAAUUCAAAUCAGUUGAAGGAAGUUAUGUGUACAAACAAGGAAAAAUUUCUAAAGUACCAGUUGAUCAAAAAGAAGCUUUGGCUUCUGAUCUGAUGGGAAUGUUUGAGAAAAGAAGGUUUAGGAACUUUCUAGUCUUUGUUCAAGACGUUAAAAUGGAUGAUCCCAAAACUUGGAAGGAUUUAGAUCCCAAUAACACUACCACCCUUCAACUGUAUGAAAAGUUUGGACUGGACAAAAAUACUCAGGACUUUACUGGGCAUGCUCUGGCUCUGUACAGAGAUGAUGACUACCUAAAUGAUCCUGCAGUGCAAACAAUCACACGAAUCAAAUUGUACAGUGAUUCUUUGGCACGCUAUGGAAAGUCACCAUAUCUCUACCCUAUGUAUGGUUUAGGAGAAUUGCCUCAGGGAUUUGCUCGCCUCAGUGCUAUUUACGGUGGAACCUACAUGCUCGACAAACCUGUUGAUGAAAUUGUAAUGGAAAAUGGUAGGGCAGUUGGUAUCAAGUCAGGUGAUGAGAUCGCAAGAUGCAAGCAAGUGUACUGUGAUCCAUCCUAUGUACCUGGUAAAGUGAGAAAAACUGGUCAGGUAAUACGUUGUAUUUGCCUAAUGGAUCACCCUAUCCCUAACACACGAGAUGCUCUGUCUUCUCAGAUAAUAAUUCCUCAGAAGCAAGUAAACAGAAAAUCGGAUAUCUAUGUAUCUCAAGUGAGUCACACCCAUCAGGUCGCUGCCAAAGGUUGGUUUAUUGCAAUGGUUUCAACAACGGUGGAAACAGAUAACCCUGAAGCGGAGAUUAAACCUGGGUUGGAUUUACUAGGCCCUAUUAAACAAAAGUUUGUAACAGUAUCCGAGUAUCUUGAACCUACAGACGACGGGAAAGAUAGCCAAGUUUUCAUAUCAAAGUCUUACGAUGCCACCACUCAUUUUGAAACCACCUGCCUUGAUGUGUUGGACAUCUAUCGAAGGGGAACUGGUGAAGAAUUUGAUUUCUCUAAAGUCAAGGUGGAACUUGGAGAUGAAGAUCAAUAAGAAAAUGGAAAUGAAGAUUGUUCUGCAUUGAACCACUGCAUAAACAAACUCUCAUUGGAUAGAAUGUUAAACAAUCAUCUCUCGAUAUAUGUUGGCGUAACAUUUCGACAAAAAAUAAUAUGACUACUAUACUGUGUUUUAAUGUAAAUUGUAAUUUAUGGUAAAAUCCUUUAAGGCCUCCUGGGCUUCAUAAAAAUGUAUUACUUACCUGAUCCGCAUAAUGCUGAUAGACCUUUUUUAUAGAAGCACAUGCGAACAAUUCUUAAAUAACAGGCUUUUGCACUAUCUUAUUCUUAAAACAAUGUCUAUUUUUUAAUCUCUCUUCAAAAAUCAGCUCAAUGGACAUAAUGGAAAUUUUCAUGUUUAAUAAUUUUUAAAUUAUAUUACUCAAAAUUUCAUUUCAUUUGUUCUUGCUAUUAUUGAUGUUAGGAUAAAAAAAACUUAUGUGAAUGUACAUGUGUAUAUUUUGGUGUUCUUUCAGUACGGUAUUUUUUAUUAAAAAGUUCAGGUAGACGCGUAAUAAAUAGGAUGACUUACUUCGUUGUACCAGAUAAAUGUUAUGUUCUUUUGAAACAGGGAUCAAAUUUAAUAUUUAAGUUAAUAUUAAUGUUUUUUUUUUUUUUUUUUUUUUUUUUUGUGGCUCUAUUACAUUUUCCACUAGAAUACUUUCAAAUUAAAAAACCUUGUAUAAAAACUGCCUAUUACCAUUUGUGGAGCUAAACCUUAUUCUAUGGACAAAUUAACUCCCAUUAUUGCAUUGAAAAAUUACAGAAAAGAUGUAUAUUUUUAUAAAUAUAUUGCAAGUAGAUAUCCUCUCUUCUAAAGUUCUAACCGUUUCCUUUCUGUAUGAUAGUUAAGCUGUACUGAUCAUGAUCGUGUCUAUUCUAUAUACUCAGAAAAUAUUUUAAUAAUAUUCCUGAUAAGGUUGUCAAAAGCAGGACUAUAACUGACAGAGAAUUUUGUUCAGUUUACAGACUUUGUAUCUUUUACUAUAAUAAUUAACAUUCCACCUGAUGAAACAAGGUAGUUUACAUACCUGCUGGGAAAAGUUAACACAUAGCGUGUCCUAUUAAUGUAAAAAGUUAGAGGAAAUUUUAAUAAAUUAUCAGUGUCUGUACGUGGAUUCAGCUUAUUUCUAGUUUUUUGUAUGUUUAUUUAUUUUGCAACAAACAAGAGAUUGUGUGCAAUGGUGAUUAUCUAGUAGUAGGCUAUCAUGAGUAAUACAAGAAUUAUUACUUAGCUGUGUGUAUGAAAAUAAACAGUCUAUUAGAAGUGUGCUCAAUGCAUUUAUGUUCUCAAAGCUCUAAGAUUUAAAUAGAUAACAGUGUUUAUAAGGUUUAUACUUAUAUAAUCUUUUUUUUAUUAAUCUAUCUUGCCUUUAAUUGUAUUUUUACUCAAUACAGUGUGUUACUAUGUAAAGAGUAAGCAAUACAACUCUGGUUUAGAUGUCUAAGAAUUAAGGAUGAUUUUCUAAAAAAAUCUUCACUGCGUGAGUUUGGAUUUGUAUGAAAUUCUUUUAAAACAAUUAUUUUUGACAUAAUGUUAUUUUACAAUAUUGAAAUGUUAAUAAUAUGAACAUUUCUUUCUCAGUCUUACUUCUGCUAAGAACUUGCUUGGGAAAAUAAAUUAGCCUAUUAUGUAACUCUUGUUAAGCUUUUAUUCUGUAUGUUUAAUGAGUUUGAAUGUGAUAAAAUGGGUGGUGUUUUUGUGUUGUGCACAAAACAAAUUGUGAUAUGAGUUUCAAUGAUUAUUUAGCCUAGAGGCCUACAGCUGUUUGUUUGUGUUUUUAUACAGGAUCAUUUUUAUAUUUGCUUUAAAAUGUCAUCUUAGAGACUAAAAUAGAGUUUCUUGUAGUAUUGCAAGGAGACUUGUUAUGCCAAAAUGUAGCUAAUAACGGAACACUUACUGGCUGGCUGAUACAUGGACUGUUCUUGCAUUGGGCAUUAAUAUUAUUAAAUUAAGGCAAUGGAUAGAUAAGCCUUUAAGUGAACUUUAUAUUAAAUUAAAAGUUAAGCAUUUGUUUCUUAAUUUAUCAGGUUAAAUGCCAGUAAAUGUUAUAUUUGCAAAAAAGGUCACGAUGCUUUAAAUUACAUUUUGCGAGGGUGGUGGAAAAUGUAUUGUUUUGCUUUAAAUAAAUUUAUUUAUUUAGCUGUUAAUUUGCAGAAAUUGUCAAACUAUUGUAAUUAAUAUUAUCCUGUUGAAUUGCUAUAAGCAUGAAAUAUAUUAAAAUUUUUGUAACCUACCAUUAA